CAUAAAAGUCCGAUAGUUUGACUUGCUUUUUUGUGUUUAUUAUUUUUUCGUUUUCCGUAGAGCAGUCUUGACUGUUUCACUUCCAUCCAUAUUUGCUAAACCUCAAUAACAUGUGUACAUUAUUCACCGUUUAAUAACAAAGUUUUUAGUACUCUAUUAGGACGAUUAUUAUUUCCAUGUAAAUAAUGCAUUAAAGCCAUUGUGUGAAACAUAAAACGCAAAUUCACUAUACAAUAACCUAGCAAUACUCGACUGAAUAGUGAGCUAAAAUAAAGUUGCAACGUGUUUACUUCCUUGUAAAUCUUAUCUUAAUAGCUUAAUGUAAAGCUAAAUAAUUUGCAUUAGUUAUCGGUAAUAACAUUGCAAUAAUUUUUUAUCGUUAUAUCAUUUUGUGUUUAUUUCCGGAUACGCAAAUGAUAGUCUGUUAAUCUUCAAAAGCAUUCAGAAUCGGAAUUUAUGAGACCUGGCAAAAAUAUGGAACACUACACACUGCUUCCACUAAUAAUCAUUGUGUGUUUAUGCCAAAGAUUGGAAACAUCUUUUUACCUUAGAACAAAAAAUAUUUGCAGUAGUCGUGACAAAGUUUCCAUUAUCGGUGGGGAACAAAGACGCUUAGUUACAGAAGGAGGUCGGGUAACACUAAUAUGUUGUGUACCAGGUAAAAGUAAUGGUCAUGAUCAUGAGCAACUUGUAUGGAAUAGCCCGGAUGGAAAAGAAUUAGCAAACUAUUUUUCUAACCCAAUAUCUGAUAAUCAACACACUGCAUAUUCUGUGCCUGAUUUUCACUCAAAAGAUCACUUGAUAACUAUGAUGGUUAUUCAGAAAUUCCAAGCCAAAGAUAGUGGCCAGUAUACAUGUCGAAAUACACACCCUAGUUCUACAGCCCUUCCAGCUAGUGUCUUUAUAGAUGUCAGACCUAGGCUUUUGGCAGACUUCAUUCCAUUACCCCCAUCUAAUGUAGAGGAUUCUGGUUCAGCAGUUGUGGCUGGUGUUGCAGUGUCUGUCGCUCUUGAAGAAGGACGAAGAGGAGAAAUAAAAUGCCGAGUUAACUCACAACUUAAUCUCGAUAGUGUUCAACUUACGUGGUUUUUUCAGGGUCGUCAACUGAUUACGCCGUCCAUCGUAAUGAAACAAAUAGGACAAAAGAAUUUGUUUAAAGUCAAUAACACUAGCCUUGAGAACCCUCUUACUGAAAUUGAAAAUCCUGAUAUUUUCCCACCAUCCUCACAUGAAAGAAGUUUUGCAUCAGGGUCAAACCAACUGUUUACCGAGCAACUAAACCGCCCUGUUGCCCUUGAUCCUGAAGAAUUGGGUAUACAAAUUUCUCAGAAUGGACAAAUACUAGAUAUUUCGAGAGUGGAUACACGUCAUUCAGGAAUAUUUUUAUGCAAGGCAGAAACUGUUAAUCCAACAUGGUCACCACAAAAUUCAGAAUACGAUUCACGCUUAUACGAAAGUGGAGUUGUAACUUCACCUUUCUUGAUACAAAUCCAAGCCAUUCGUGGCAUAGUUUAUUCACGUCCACGUUUACUCCCGGGAAGCCCCAUGGAAGUAUUCUCUACAACUGAUUCAGAUGAAUCACAGUUGGUGGAUCCAUAUAAACACUUUGUUAACAAGCGUCAGGAUGAACAGAGAUUAGAUACAAUUCCAGGUUCAUCCAGUUAUUUGCAAACUGUCUUGCCUUUAUGGCGUGGUAGUGAUAAAGAAAAAGAAAAACCUAUUAUGACAAAUGCAAGAAAGAUAGUUCAGGAAGGUGGAAGACUCAUAUUAGAAUGCCAAGCUCGUGGGAGACCGAGUCCACAACUACUCUGGUAUAGAGGUGGUAUGGGAUCUUCAACAACAAACAGUUCUCAGGCUAUUACAUUCGAUCAACGGAUCAAGUCAGCAUUACAGCACUUACCUUUGGAAGAUGUACAACGAGAACUGGGAAUUCUUAUCGCUGACUUCGAUCAUCUUUUUCCUGCUGUAAUUAACAUGGUAAAUAUAUCAAAUGAAGUUACAAACAAAGCACCUGAAAAUCCUGGAAGCAUUCACAGAAAAGGAAUACAAACGCAUGAAUUAGGUCGUUUUCAGUUGUCUACUGGUCUUCGAAAAGAUGACCAGGGAGACCCCGUUAUAGCAAUGUCACGCUUAACAAUCAAUAACUUAAUGCCUUCAGAUGCCACUCGUUAUACUUGUCUUGCCCUCUUGAAUUUGAAUUACUAUGGUGGGGCUGGAAAUUUUACUGAUGUUGGGAGCAUUCUUCCUGAUGUUGUUCUCAGACCCAGAUUUGUUCGCUCAGGAACUAAUUUAAAAGCCAGCGGAUAUCCUGGAGAAAGUUGCAGGCUAACAUGUGAAGCAUACGGCGGUCUUCCGAAUGAAAUGGGUCUACGGGUUCGACUUUUAAAAGGUCCUGGUGUCAACAAACUAAUUUCUUCUUUAUCUUAUUCUAUGUAUUCAGAAAAUAAAAAUCCUAUAUUUAAAUCGUAUGAAGAUCUUGCUGAACCUCAGUCAGUUCAUUCUUCAUACACCAACCCAAUGUUUAAUCACAAAUCGUUCGUUAAAGACAACGAAUUAAAUGACUGGUUUCCAUCUGAUACACAGUACACAAGUUUGUUGACUGGAAAUGGCAUGAGCGAUAAAUCAAAUAACAGUGAUUUUAUUGAAAUUGUCAAACCUGGUAUGAAUCCUCGAUAUCACUUGAAAGUUGAACCAGAUCCGCGAAAUCCAUACGCAACAAUUUUACGUUUGGAUAUUACAGAUUUAACACCAGAAGAUAAUUCAUUUUAUUUAUGUGAAGCACUCUCCGGACCUCAUUGGCGAGCAGUUACUCCUACAUCAUCAGAACCGCCUGGGAGAGUGACAGUUUGGUUCGCUCCACCUGCCGCAGAGCCUCGACGUAUUAGUGAAAUAUCAGACCGAUUGGAUGCGGAUGAAAGUGAAACACUCUCUCAACCUGGCAAAUAUGUUGUUUAUGGUCUAUCUCAUUUACCUUCUAAAAUAGCUUGUCAAGCACUAGGACAACCAGCACCUCAAUGGAAAUGGGUGGGACCACAAAGUGGACCAAGUGUACCAUUAGGUGAACUAAAUGAUCCGAAAGGUUAUAUUAAAAUGGACUAUCAAGACGGCGAAUAUUCUGUAACUGAAUUAACUGUUCCUGCUGGUUAUUGGAAUGUCGGAGUAUUUGGUACUUAUUCAUGUACUGCAACCAAUAGAUUAGGCCAUGCUACUGGGCAUGUUCGACUGCAGCUAGCUAGCCAUCCUGGUAGACCAGCUUUAAGAGCUUGUAGAGUUGAAGCAACUUUAAUUGAAUUGUGUGUUGAACCUCCAAAUGAGACAGGUGGUUUGCCUCUAACUCAUUAUGAAUUAAGAAUCCAAACUCAUCCACGUGGUGCUUUUCAUGGGCCUUUCGCUUAUCUUCCUGGUCGCAGAGUGCUGAGAUUACCAAAUCUUAUUCCAGGUUAUUACUAUCGAUUUGCUCUGUCAGCCGUAUCAAGAGCAGGAAGAGGACCAAAUGCGUAUUUACAGGUUACAACUAAUCGAUUAUCUAGACCUGUACUUAAACUACUUGCUUCUCAGGAUUAUAUUAGUCCCACAGGAUAUAAUGUUCAUUGGAAUACAGAAACUACAAACGGUAUGGAUAUCAAUCAAUAUAAUAUCAAUAUAAGACCAGUAGAAGUUGAUUAUUCCAUGGGUUUGAAAAUCAGCAAUAAUCUUCAUCCUCACAGUGAGCUUCCAUAUUUUUACCGUACUAGUCCUGAUGCUUCCAGUGAAAAACCUUAAAUUGACACAAAUUAUUUGGGAUCAAAAAUGACUAUACUAUUUCUUUGUUUGUUGGCAGAUGGCAACAAAACAGUAAGACAGGAAAUAACUAAAGUAUCGAAAAUCGUCUUCGCGUCUUUAUUUCACAUCCAAUAUGUUCAACAGCAUUCAUCGUCCAAUUACACCUUGUCUUCUGCUAAAGCUUGUUAUUAUCUGUCUUUCCUAACUCUUAUCCUGAACUACUGACUAACUUGGCAAGACAAAUCAACGGAACAUCAUGUGAGUUUCUACGUUUUAUUUUAGUAGUGUAGCUAAGCCUACUCAAAAUCAUUUUAUAGUUGGGAUCUUCACAACACGUAAUCAAUGGUAACAGCCAAACUUGUUGAAUGAUAUUUGUUUACUAUAAACCACAUGAUAAUGUCAAAGAUUAUUAGUAAACGCAAUACACGCCUAAAUAAGACAGGUGAUAUUUAGGAUCAUAUCCUCCACACGAUCCUUAUAAAAUUUUAUAAUACUUUGGGUGUGCCGAAAAAUUUAUUUCCAAAUUUCUCUUACGACAUCGUAUGCACUUCUGACACAAUAGUAAGAUGUACAAAUUGAAUAACGGUUAUUGAGAUAUUAUAAAAUUUAGGUAAUAAGAUGCAUGAAAUCCAGUAGUGAAUGUGCGAUACAAUAUUACGUUAAAGUUAAUGUAAGUUCAUACAUUAUAUACAAUUGUUUUCUACGUAAUAUACACCAUGGAUUCGGAUGCAUGAUAGCUCGGACUAACACGAUAUCCAGUGAAAAUAUGUAAAUGGAAAAUAUAUGGUGACGCUAACAUCACCAACUUAUGAUUCAUAAUGUGUUACUUACCAAUGAUAUCAAACUACAAUAAAACAGAAAAUAGUUACUAGAAUAUCGCAGCAAUUUAUAUUUAAUAAUGCAGAUCAACGAACUACUAUCACUUUCUUUAAAAGUAUUUUUUUCUAGGUCUCUUCCAAUAAGAUUUGUAAUUACAGUCCUGUAAUUUACAAUGCCGAAUCAUUUUGCUUGGGAAUGUACAAUACUUAUAAAUACAUAUUUUUUUGUACUAAUUUAUUAAUUUAAUGUUUGACACAUUCCGGGUUUAAUCUCAAUAAAACUACAAGAGAUAAGAAAGCAGAUUAGGUAAGAAUUUAUUAUCAUCAUAAUCGUAUAAAGAUACCAAAGUUAUCGACCCUGUAACAUAUAUUGUUGGGACUGGAAAAUUUAAAUUCAAAGUACUUGAAAGACAAUAUACCGUAAUGUUAGGAAAAAUUUACAUGUAUGAAGGAUUAUGAAUUUUAAUUCGAUGAGAAUGGCUUUGAGGACGUGCAACAACAUGCACAAAAUUGUCAGGAUAGGAUAAGUGUUCGCUGAUCCAUUGCAUCGGUGUUUCGUGGGGUAAUGUGAUACCAUGGAUGAAAAACAGAUACCCUGAAGGACAAAAAUGGUAAAACAUAGUUACAUCAAAAUUACAAAUCAAAAGAAUCAGACCAUAUUGGACAAGACAAACAUGAUUUACAAAUGUAGGUACAUCAAUCAGUUGUAUAGACGAAGCUUAUUUGAAUCACGUUGGAUAAAUGGGAUCAUAAAGCACGAAAGUGCUUUGAAGGAAAAGUAACGUAUAUUUUUAAAGUACGCUUUCAUUUCCUGUGUAUUUUUUAAUCAUUUAAAUAAGAAAAGGAUGUAAUUAAUGAAGUACAUGCUUUACUCGAAUUAUCGACAUUUUCGUAACUCAUCCUUAAUAACAUUCGGAGAAAAUAAUUUCGAGAGUAUAAUCACAUUUUCUAUUCAAUAAAGACGUUUUGACCUCGAUCUGUACAAAACUAAAUAAAAUACAAUCUUUUAUUC